AUGCAGACUGCUUCUACAAAUAUUUGUGAAAGACUGUGCAAUAAGUCCAUCCGUGAAAUGUCCUUGCUACUAAAUAUUCCACGGUCAACUGUUAGUGGUAUUAUAACAAAGUGGAAGCAACUGGGAACAACAGCAACUCAGCCACAAAGUAGUAGGCCACGUAAAAUGACAGAGCGUGGUUAGCGCAUGCUGAAGCGCACAGUGCUCAGAAGUCGCCAACUGUCUGCAGAGUCAAUAGCUAAAGACCUCCAAACUUCAUGUGCCCUUCAGAUUAGCACAACAACAGUGUGGUGUGGGUUUGUCUUUUCAGGGUUGGGCUUGGCCCCUUAGUUCCAGUGAAGUGAACUCUUAAGGUGUCAACAUACCAAG